AUGACGUCCUCGCUACCCGGCAAUCGUGACCUGCCAGUCUCGCAGUUCAACCUAGGGACGUACUGGGGUCGCGUGCAGCACUCAGCAAACAUAUCAGAUCCGAGAACCCUCCUCACCUCGUCGGCCGGCCUCGAAAAUGCAAAGAAACUCGUUACCGCAUACAAGACGGGCAAGAUACCAGAGAUGACGCCCGAGCUGUGGAAUGCGAAGAAGAUAAUCGACUCUACCAUACACCCAGACACGGGCCAGCCAGUCUUUCUGCCUUUCCGCAUGUCGUCUUUUGUCCUGACAAACUUGGUUGUCACGGCUGGUAUGCUUACGCCGGGUCUUGGGACAGCGGGCACACUAGGAUGGCAAGUCACGAACCAGUCGGUCAACGUCGGAAUCAACUUCUCCAACGCGAACAAGUCGAUCCCGCUCUCCACCUCGACAAUCGUCCAAUCGUACCUCCUCGCCGUCAGCGCAUCAUGCGGUGUCGCUCUCGGUCUCAAUGCGCUGGUACCCCGCCUCAAGAGCCUGUCGCCUAAUGCUAAAGUCAUCGCCGGUCGAUUGGUGCCCUUCGCAGCUGUUGCAACAGCUGGUGCGCUCAACGUGUUCCUCAUGCGCGGUGAGGAGAUCAGGCAAGGCAUCGACGUGUACCCCGCGCUAUCGGAAGCUGAACGAAAAAGGGUCGACACGGGAGAGAUGGAGGUCAAGCCACUGGGCAAGAGCAAGAAGGCAGCUACACUUGCUGUGGGAGAGACGGCGCUGAGUCGCGUGCUCAAUGCGACACCUAUCAUGGUGCUGCCGCCUCUCCUGCUUGUGAAGCUGCAGAAGACAGAGUGGCUUAAGCAGAGGCCUAGGAUGGUGACGCCGGUGAAUCUGGGACUCAUUUUCACGACAUCCAUCUUCGCGCUGCCACUUGCGCUCGCUGCGUUCCCACAACGCCAGGCUGUCAGUGCGCAGUCGCUCGAACCCGAGUUUCAUCAGCGCGGUGGCAAGGAUGGCAUGGUGGAGUUUAACCGUGGGAUAUGA